UUCACACAAAGCUAAUAAAACCCAUCACCAAGCGCCCAUCUAUCUCCACCUCUAAAAUCAACAACAACUAGCAUCUUCACCGAGAGAGGUUUGGUUUCCGAAAUGGCUUCUGCAAUUCCUGCGAUUGGGUCUUCCUUCUAUGGAAGUUGGGGAGCUUCUUCAAUGGCGGGUGAGGAUUACAGCGUGUUGGUGAAAUCGGUGCCUUCACAAGUUCGAUUUGGGGGCGGGAAGGCAGUGAGGUGCCAGCCCAUGAUGAAGAACGUCAAUGAAGGGAAGGGUCUGUUUGCCCCUGUUGUGGUCCUCACCCGCAAUAUCAUUGGCAAGAAGCGAUUCAACCAGCUUCGAGGCAAAGCCAUUGCUUUGCACUCUCAGGUAAUAACGGAGUUCUGCAAAUCAAUAGGAGCAGAUGCAAAACAGAGACAAGGACUGAUUAGGUUGGCCAAGAAGAAUGGAGAAAGGCUUGGAUUCCUUGCAUAAAGGAUUUAGCAAAUUGUAAUCAUCAUCUUCAUGGGGUGAAGAGUUGAAGUUUGAACUUCAUAAAUGUCACCUUUUCACAUGAGAAUGUAAACUAGGAACUCAUCUCCACUCAUGCAACCUUCAUUCUUCAAUUAUACUUGUCUUAUUCUGUUCUUUAUAUACAAAAGAUCAAAUUAAUAAGGCCCUUCAUC